CAUAACAACACUCCCUUAAUUCUCUGAAAUAUUUUUACAAAUGAUUAAUUAUGUUUAAUUUCUAAUCAGAUUUCUAAACCAGGGUUUAUCUUCAUCAUACCACCACUGAAUAAUUCUAAUUUAUCAAUGUAACAUUGUCUUGUCCUUUUUUUGUGUUGUGUAAACACAUGCAUCAUGGAAUUGCAUUGAUUUUCUUUUUUCUGAAAUUUUGAUUAAUUAUUACUACCAAUUAAAUGUAAUCAUAAGAUUUUAUUUUUGUUUUAAUAUGAAGGAUUUUCUCGUAUCCAAUUGGAUUAAGGCACAUUUGGAUGUUAUGUUUAUAGUAUGUCUUUGUUUUCAAGUGUUGUAGUGAGCUGAAACCAUGGCAGUUGAAAGGUCUGGAAUUGCCAAAGAUGUUACAGAAUUGAUCGGGAAUACCCCAUUAGUAUAUCUGAAUAAAAUCGCGGAUGGUUCUGUUGCUCGGGUUGCUGCCAAACUGGAAUUAAUGGAACCAUGCUCUAGUGUGAAAGACAGGAUUGGCUAUAGUAUGAUUGCUGAUGCAGAGGAGAAGGGACUAAUUACGCCUGGCCAGAGUGUCCUCAUUGAGCCAACAAGUGGCAAUACGGGCAUCGGAUUGGCCUUCUUGGCAGCAGCCAAAGGCUACAAGCUUAUCAUUACAAUGCCUGCUUCGAUGAGUCUUGAAAGAAGAACCAUUCUUCUAUCUUUUGGAGCUGAGUUGGUUCUGACAGAUCCUGCAAAGGGAAUGAAAGGGGCAGUUCAGAAAGCUGAAGAGAUAUUAACCGAGACUCCAAAUGCCUAUAUCCUUCAGCAAUUUGAAAACCCCGCCAAUCCAAAGGUGCAUUAUGAAACCACUGGUCCAGAGAUAUGGAAAGGCACAGGAGGGAAAGUUGAUGCAUUUGUCAGUGGUAUAGGUACUGGUGGUACCAUAACAGGUGUUGGGAAAUAUCUUAAAGAGCAGAAUUCCAAUAUCAAGCUGUAUGGGGUGGAGCCAGUCGAAAGUCCUGUACUGUCCGGAGGAAAGCCUGGUCCACACAAGAUUCAAGGGAUUGGUGCUGGCUUUGUUCCCGGGGUAUUGGACGUUAGUCUUGUCGACGAAGUAAUUCAAAUAUCAAGUGAUGAAGCAAUAGAAACUGUAAAGCUUCUAGCCCUUAAAGAAGGCCUAUUUGUUGGAAUAUCAUCUGGAGCUGCUGCGGCAGCUGCCAUUAAGAUAGCAAAAAGACCAGAAAAUGCUGGAAAGCUUAUUGUUGUUGUUUUCCCUAGCUUUGGUGAGAGGUACCUAUCCUCUGUGCUGUUUGAAUCGGUGAGACGGGAGGCUGAAAGCCUGACUUUUGAACCAUGAAUUCCGGUUGAAGGCCGAAAUCUACAUCGGUAUUGAUAGAUGGAUUUUCACUGGCAAAGCCAGGUUGCGUUUCUGAAUUACAAAUUACUUCAAAAGAAAAAAAAAAAAAAAAAAAAAAACUGUUACUUUUGCAGAAGACUCCUGAACCUAUUCUGUAUUCAACAUUUAGAAGAGUACUGAUAAGAAUAAUUUCGUUGACUGAGAAGCCUUUUCUAUAAAACUAAAUUUUAUUUUA